AUACAAACCAAAACCAUCCAUACGCUUCGUUUCACUUCUCUCUCCUCUCUUAUCCCUGCUUGGCGGCCUCGCAUCUUAAAACGCGAGAGCAGCUGAAGCAUAUCAGAUUUUCAUCAAUGGCGGAAACGCAAGCCGACAAAAUCCAAACCCUAGCCGAGCAAUACGCAUUGGAGAAAGAUGUGGGUACCAAGCCUGUUGAAGUAAAAGAAGUUGUUUCUGAGAAACCUGAGGAAACACCUGCUGCUGCAGAAGAAGAAAGCUCUGAAGUUACACCAGCUGUUGAAGAAAGCAGUGAAGCCAGUCCUGCUAGUGAAGAAGGCACUGAAACCAAUCCUACCUCUGAAGCUGCUGCUGAAGAAAGCAGUGAUAGUACUGACAACUCAGGUGACCAAGAAGUAGUUGAAGAGACACCUGAAAUUAAGAUUGAGACAGCACCAGCAGAUUUCCGUUUCCCAACUACCAACCAGACAAGGCAUUGCUUUACCCGAUAUAUAGAGUAUCAUCGGUGCAUAGCUGCAAAGGGGGAAGGUGCUCCCGAGUGUGACAAAUUUGCAAAGUUUUACCGCUCUCUUUGCCCUGGUGAAUGGGUUGAGAGAUGGAACGAACAAAGGGAGAAUGGAACUUUUCCAGGUCCCCUGUAGAUGGUGUUGGCUUAAAAACUAAGCGUUGGUAAUAUCCAAGGUUUCCUCCAAUAGAUGAGUUUCUACAUUGAGAGUUGAACUCUAAGGGAAUGCCCUAUUUAAAAACAAUGAAUGAAUAAGAAAUUUUGGCUUGUUUCAGAAUACAGCAAAACUGUAGCUCAUGAAAUGAAGUUUUUGUUCAUCACUAAAAGAUAGUUUCAUUUCUCA